AUGAAAUGUAUAACGUGCAAUGAGAUAAUAGAAAACAAAACCGAGCACUACCAAAGUUUGCUGCACGAGGAGAAUAUCAAAAGAAAGCUUAUUGGGCUUCCGCCUGUGAAGCAGCUUGAUGUAAAAGAGAAGGAAGAGGCCCACAUAAAGAGGCAGGCGGUUCUCAGCACCGAAGAAACGGGAAUAUACGAUUUGAAGGAAAAUGAGUGCCUAUACUGCAACGAGACCGCAGAAAACUACGUUGAGCACUUGGAGACACACGGGUUUAAGCUCCUUCUUCCACAGUAUAUAACGAACAUAAAUGGCCUUAUUACACAUCUAAGAGAAAAGAUUGGAUACUGCAUGUGCACGUGCUGCAACAAAAGGUUUUCCUGCGUGGCAAAAGCGCGAAGCCACAUGAAGUCAAUGGACCACAUGAACUAUAUCAACACCGAGGAGUACGAUAGCUUCUACACCUACCCAGAAAAGGGCGUUGGGUACAUAUCGGAGGACGGCAGCGAGCUGUAUUUGCCUUCUGGGAGAAUCGCUGGAAACAAAAAGUACAACAAAUACUACGCACAGACGCUAAGAGACAUAUCAUACUACCAGAGCAUGAAUAAGAAAUAUGCGCAAGUCGUGGCAAAGGAGGCUCCGCCUGCAUCUGCCGAGGAAAAGAUAAAGAUAAAGCAGUUUGCAGAGAGGCAGGAAAGAAACCGCCUGAAAAUAGGUAUGCAAAACAACAGCCAGAAGCACUUUAGAGACGACUGGAUGCAAUAG